CUCCCAAUAAUCUGUUUGCUUAGAAAUGUCGAUUGUUUCAGUUUGUUCUUCAAGGCCAAGCUGCCUUCGCCAUGGCUCAAAAAUUAAUCUCAGUGAUCAUGACCAGAAGUUGCCGUUUGCCAGCACAAAUAUUGAUCUGAGGAAGAGGAGUAGUUGCCAUCUUACAAUAAUCUCCCAGUACAGACAUCGUAUGGCCAUUUACAGCGGCGAAGGCCUUGGAUUUCCAUCUCUUCCUGAUCUUCCUCGUCAGGUUCCUUGGCCCUUGUGGAUGCUUGGGAUGCUGAUAUCCGCAAUUUUACCGUUUGGGGGUAACAAAUUGUGGCCUUUUCUGAUAUUAAACCAGAACGUAGACAAAGUGGUGGAUGCGGUGGAGGAAGUGGCAGAAAUGGUGGAGACGGCGGCGGAGGGAGUGGAGAAGGUGGCGGAAGAGGUCGCCGAACAUCUCCCACAAGGCGGCCAACUCCAGAAAGCUGCACUUUUCUUGGAAAAUGCAGCCAAAACCCUUUCCAAGGACGCCCAUGUUGCAGAACAAAUCGUCCACAAGAUUGAGGAAGUGGAAGACAAGGUGAUUUCAUCUUUUAAGAAAAAUGGAGAAACAAAAGAAGAAGAAGACGCACAGCAAAAGAAGGAUCAAAAGUAAGCCCUACGGGAAGAAGCGAGCAAUCUCUUAAAUGAUAUAAAUUGUAUAGUUUGAUUAUAUCUACUUUCAAAGG